AUGCCAGCCAUCACCUGCACUUCUUCAUCCGUUCACUUGACUGGUUCACCCGUAGCUUCACCAACAACUCCAACCGCUAGUAACUCUUCAGAAUCAACUGUUUCGGCUGUCACUGCAGGGAUGGCGGCUCUAUCAAUAACUCCUUUAGUAAAAACGUUGAUCGUGGACGACAACGUUAUAACAGCUAAAAUGCUUUCGAAGAUUCUCUCUAAAGAAUUUGGGCAUCAUACUACUUGUACUGUAAGCGGCAAAGAAGCACUUGGUAAAUUAUCACUUGAAACUUUUGAUAUAAUAUUUAUGGAUAUAGAUAUGCCUGAACUUUCUGGCAUAGAAACAACCUUAGCUAUACAUGCUGCUGGUUCAAAAGUACUUGAAAAAAAUCGGCAAAUACCGAUAAUAGCUUAUACAACAAAUCCUUGUGAGGAUCGAUUUUUUGAAGCAGGUAUGACUGGUUGGGUUGGAAAACCUGCAAAUCAAUCAAUGGUUAGAAAAGAAUUAGAAAGAGUUUACGCUUCUCGACCAAGGUCUUCAGGCUUCUAA